GGCUCCGGAUCACAGGGAAGAGGGAUGCACUUUUUACCCCUCCAGCGAGUCCAUUAACAUUUCUGCACCCACUGGGUAUCGGUCAGGAUUCUUUCCAUAAAAAAAUAACUGGAUUAAAAAAGCUUCAUGUUCGAAUUUGAUCGUGUAAAUGAGUCUGAAACAUUUUAUAUUUUCUUUAUACCGCAAACGUUGAAGAAAAUGUAGAUAUGGAAUGUGGACGUUUAUAAGGGUCUGAUACUGAUAAAUCAAAGUUGGACUUGGAGCGAGGACUGUUCUUUUUUUGACCGGGCCAUUGGCGGAUAUUUAUUUUUAUAAUUAUUCUAAUGCUGUGUCGUCCACUGUGGAACAUUCUACUUGUAUGACUCGUUAGCCGAAGCAGUUCUGGAAAUUUAGAUGAAACCCACGACCUCACUCCGGACCUCACUCUUGUUUUCUAGAAGUAGAAGAACUGCAUAUCAUCAAGGAUAUUGUUUAAUAACCGAAUUUGACAACCUAUGAUUUUUGUGCAUCUACCAACUGAUAUAUCUCGUUUAUAAUUUCAACCAUUAGUAGUUAGAAAGAAAUGCCGAAGCGGAAAGUUCACGACGCCUUCUCGAAGAGCGAAGGCGGCCGAGUCGAUUCCGAUAGCGAGAGCUCCUCCUCGACAGACCGGUCCGACCCCGACGGCUACCGCCGAGACUCUGGCGACCGAACCUUCCGACCAGCCAUGAACACGUACAACAUGAACUCGGGCUCCAAUAUGAACUACGAACUGGAUGCUUCUGGGAUGCCUCGUCAACGCAACGCUGCCAACGCCCGGGAGCGCGACCGGACGCACAGCGUCAACAGCGCUUUCGUGCAGCUCCGGGACCUAAUCCCCACCGAACCCCGGGAUCGAAAACUAUCGAAAAUUGAAACCCUUAGAUUGGCGACAAGUUAUAUCAAUCAUUUAGGAACUCUUCUACUUGUCGGGGACGAGGAGAUCGAGCAACCCUGCAUGCAUCGGGCCAUGCUCCGACCUGGGAGCGAGGGCGGACCGAGGAUUAUCUGCACAUUCUGCUUGCAAAAUCACAUGAGCAAUAUGAGAAACAGAGCUGUCAUGAAUGUUCAUCACCAGGAGGAUCGUAUAGCUCUCUAUUUCUGCAAUGAUUGUUAA